AUGUCUAAGUCUUCUUCCUCGUCGAUCGUGGAAGCUUCUGCACAACCAUCCGACAACAAACUACUUAAGAUGAAAGGUCACGAGGGACCACCACCACCUUUCACCAUAUUGUUCGACGACUUCUUGGACGGCGCUCCACUACAUGGUCUGAACGCCAAGAUGGCUCGAGAACUCACUCAGUCUUCGUUAACCCAAGUGUGGAAUGGAAUGGAACGUGUGCGUCAGCAGCCCUACUCACACGCGGGUCAGGUAAUAGUUUACCGAAGAGAUGGACAAGGCGCCCUGCUGGGGGCAAAAGAUUUUUACAUACCAGAGCCUUACCUUCGUGAAAUUCACUGCCUGCCGCUGACGCAGGACUCAGCCAACAUCCUGACGGAACGGAGACAAGAGGUUUCGUCCGUGAUCAAUUGUCGAUGA